AUGGCCGAAGAGCAAGAAGAUUUCAGCAAGCUACCUCUGGCCGACCGCUUCGUACACAAGAACUGGAAAGUCCGCAAGGAAGGCUAUGAAGCUGCCACAAAAGAAUUCAAGACCGCGCAACCGAGCGACCCCCUCGUCAAGGACUUUACUGCAGACUCCAACAUAUGGAAGGGUGCUGUCGCCGACUCCAACGUUGCUGCACAGGCCGAAGGCCUGAAUGCGCUCAAUGCCUUCCUCGAAAUUGCUGGCAAGCCUGGCUGUACUCGCACCCGCACAUCGACUAUCCAGCCCAUUGUCGAGAAGGGCGUUACAGGUCGUCCCGCCGCCAAAGCCGCCGCCAUCGAGGCUCUCCUUCUCUACAUCGAACUUGACGUAGCCGACCCCGUCAUCGAAGAGCUCAUCCCCCUCCUCGCCGCAAAAACACCAAAGGUCAUUGUCGCUGCCCUGCAGUCUCUCACCGCCAUCUACCACGCCUACGGUUGCAAGACAGUCGAGCCCAAGCCUAUCAUCAAACUCCUACCGAAGGUGUACGGCCAUGCAGACAAGAACGUACGCGCCGAGGCACAAAACCUCACAGUCGAACUCUACCGAUGGCUGAAGGAAGCCAUGAAGCCCCUUUUUUGGGGUGAGCUCAAGCCCGUCCAACAGACGGAUCUAGAUAAAUUAUUCGACAAGGUCAAAGACGACAAGCCGACCCAAGAGAGACUGCUUAGAUCUCAACAAGCUGCACAAGAGGCCGCAGAGGAGGCAGGCGACGACCCCGCCGAACAAGCCGAGGACGAUGAAGAUGACGGCGCGAUUGACCUGGAACCCGAAUUCGAGGUGGUCGAUGUCAUUUCGAAGGUGCCGGCAGACUUCAGCGACCGUCUCAACUCGUCAAAAUGGAAGGACCGUAAGGAGGCUCUUGAAGAGCUCUUCACCGCUGCCAAUCAACCCGCCAUCCAAGAGGGUCCAUUCGACGACAUCAUGCGUGGACUUGCAAAGAGUAUGAAGGAUGCUAAUGUUGCUUGUGUUAUUGCCGCUGCAAAUUGUGUCGAAGUGCUCGCAAAGGGUCUGAAAAAGAGUUUCUCGAGAUACCGUUCCACCAUCAUGUCGCCCAUGCUUGAGCGUCUCAAGGAGAAGAAGCAAACCGUCACUGACGCUCUUGCUGCCGCUUGCGACGCCGUCGUCUCUGCCACUGGUCUGACUGACAAUCUCGAAGAGAUGCUAGAAGCUUUCAAGCACAAGACUCCUCAAGUCAAGCUCGAGUCUGCUCGUGUGCUUGUACGCUGUUUGAAGAACCUCAGGGAGGUACCCCCACCCGCUGAGCUCAAGACCAUGUCUGAUGCUGCCAAAGCUCUGCUGGCAGACUCCCAAGCGCCACCCAGAGAAGCAGCCGCUGAAAUCUUGGGAACGCUAUGGAAGAUUAUGACUGACCGCAACAUGCUUCCUCACCUGGACGGUAUCGACGAUAUCAAAAAGAACAAGAUCAAGGAGUACUGUGACAAUGCAGAAGUAAAGGUCAAGUGGAAGCCCAAGGCUGCUCCUCCCCCAAAGCCUGCCGCAGCUCCUGUCAAGAAGGUUGUCCCCGGAAGACGUCCUGCGCCGGGCGUGAAGAAGGCUGCACCCGCACCUGUCAGACCUGCCACACCGGAAGAACCUCCAGCAGCUGCACCCUUAGCUGCACGCCCAACUAGCAGACCAGGGCUCAAGUCGGGACUUGCAGCACCAGGAUCAAGAAUGAAGAAGCCUGGUAUGGCUCCGCCAGCUGCUUCUCCCAGAAGAGUGCCUUCUGAGGAUGUAGAGAUGUUGGACGACCCGCCGACACCAGCUCCUGCACCACGCUCAGGACUCGCAGCACCCCGUAGUCUAGCCGCCAGACCGCUGGGCAAGCCGACCAACUCAUUCAAUCAGAGCACAAAUGAACCCCCUCAAGAGUACGCUCCACCUCCCCAAGCAGCUCCUUCAGUGUUGAGUUUGGCAGAAAGAUCAGAACUCUCAGAUCUGCGCUCAGAAGCCGAAUAUCUUCGUUCCCAGAAUAGUGAAUUGCGAACGGACAAGAUGAGGCUCAACAGUCAGAUUCACGAACUCCAAAACCAGAACGCACAGCUCAUUGAAGACCACACUCGGGAUGUGUUGGGUAUCAAAGCCAAGGAGACACAGCUAGUUCGCGCGCGAAGCGAUGCUGAAGCUGCCGAGGAACGUGCAGCCGGUCUCGCUCGCGAAGUCGAUAGACUGAAGCGUGAAGUGGCUCGCCUGGGACGUGUUGAACGUGAUCACAACCAAGACACUCAGAUGCACAACAGCAGCUACUCUGAGAGCAAUGGUGCCAACGGCAUGAGACACUACGAUACGCCCAUGGGCGGUAUGGGUCCACCUCGACCUCAGUUCGGACGCCCGGGCGCAGGCAUGUCAUACUCAUCUUCUCAAUCACGAGAGCCCAGUGGCGAGACAAAGGAACACAUGGACGCAGCAGCCGGUCUGGAACGCAUCACAAGUCCUGUGAGCGGCUUCAGAAGUUCGAAUGCGCCGUCACUGGACCACUCGAGCAGCGGCCGUGCUAGUCCCGCGGUGUCUGGCCUGCAACGCAGUGGCAGUGGCAGCAGACCUGGUAGCAACAUGGAGCAAGCCUAUGGAGCAGGCCUGGGCUCAGAUUCUGGUAUCCAGAGAUCGUCAAUGUCGAGGCCGCAGGGCGGUGAGGGUGCAACUGGCGGUGUCGAGAGUUGGAGACGUGCUGCCGAGGUGACACAAAACCUGAAGGCCAGAAUUGAGAUGAUGAAGGCAAAGCAGCUCCAGCGUAACCAUUAA